AUGGCCGACGCUAGCGUCACUGAUCCCGCCCUUGCCGCUGAGCUCAAGAAAAAGAGGACAUUCCGUACCUUCUCGUAUCGUGGAAUCGAGCUCGAAAAACUGCUCGACCUGAGCAAUGAGGAUUUUGUUGAACUUGUUCAUGCCCGUGCUCGUCGUCGGUUCCAACGCGGUUUGAAGCGUCGCCCUAUGGGUCUGAUCAAAAAGCUCCGGAAAGCAAAGAAGGAGGCUCCCCCGAAUGAAAAGCCUACUGCUGUUAAGACCCACCUCCGCGACAUGAUUAUCGUCCCGGAGAUGAUUGGUAGCGUUGUUGGUAUCUACAACGGCAAGACUUUCAACAACGUUGAAAUCAAGCCCGAGAUGACGGGCCACUAUCUGGCCGAGUUCUCGUGCUCCUACAAACCCGUUAAGCACGGUCGUCCUGGUAUCGGUGCUACUCACUGUAAGCCUCGUUGUCCCUCCAAGUUUAACCCCAGUCUUAUCGCGAUGUCCUCUCCUUUCAGCUUCACGAUUCAUUCCCCUCAAGUAGGAGCGUCACAUUUAUGUUCAUGUCUCUUUUUACAAAAUUCAUAUGACUAUGAAAUGCUCACUGUGUGA